AUGUCUCUGGAAGACAUCCGUAUGAGCACCCAGGAUUUGCUUGAAAAAGGAAAAUUAGAUGCUGGAGGAUUUGGAACAAUUUCUUUAUGCCAUCACAAGAAAUAUGGAGACGUAGUAUUAAAAAAAGUAUAUACAGGACCCCAGCGCACUGAUUAUAAUGCUUCUCUCCUUGAAGAAGGCAGGAUUAUGCACAGACUGCAGCAUGAGCGUGUGGUAAAACUACUAGGUGUCAUUAUGGAAGAUGGAAACUACUCACUUGUGAUGGAGUAUGUGAAACGGGAGAACAUGAUGAAAGUGCUACAGAAACUCUCACUGCCUGUGUCACUGAAAGGGCGUUUUGUGCUGGAGAUUGUAGAAGGAAUGCUUUAUCUGCAUGAGCAAGGCUUCAUACACAAAGACCUAAAACCGGAAAACAUCCUUGUGGACACAGACUUCCACAUUAAGAUUGCAGAUUUCGGCAUUGCAUCCUGUAAGAGCUGGAGUCGCCUGACCCAAGAAGAGACUGGCCGACAGAAGCAAAUCAACAGCGUUUGUCAGAACAAUGCUGGGACUCUUUUCUAUAUGGCCCCAGAGCAUUUAAGGAAUGUUCACAUAAAACCUGGAGAGAAAUCAGAUGUUUACAGCUUCGGCAUAGUGAUGUGGGCAAUUUUUGCUAACAAAGAGCCAUACGAAUAUAGUAUAAAUUAUUCUCAGAUUUGUUUUGCCAUCAUGUAUGGAAACAGGCCAGACAUAGAGGAGAUCAGUGGUCAGUGUCCAGAGGAGAUUACUGACUUAAUGAAAGAAUGCUGGAAGCAAGAGUCAGAGAAACGGCCAACCUUUACAGAAAUUAGUCAAAGAUACAGGCCAUUUUACUUCCAAAAGCUAGGAAACAAUAUUGAAGCUGAUGUGGAGAAGUUAAAAGAAAUGUGGCCUGUGUCAGAUGAACUGCUGGAUAGGAUGCAAUCCCUUCAAAUAGAUGCUGUAGCAGAAGAUACCAGUAAUGCUCAAGCAGAUCAGCCUAAUUCUCUACACAGUAUUCAAGGUCCUGUGACCAGUCAGGUUAAUGAAGACCUGUUUGCUGCCUCCCCUGAGAACCAGCCUGUUGAGAGCUGUGAGAUCCCACUUACAUCUGCUGAUAAUCUAGAAAGAAAACUUCAGUGUGAAUACAACUACCAUGUAUAUGGGAGCCGGAUGGAUAAAGCAGUUAUACCUAUAAUAUACACCUCUGAAAUGAGAGAGGAAGAAAGGAGACGUCGAGUUUGCUAUGAUCCACAUGCAAAGCCAUCUCCUACUCUGUGGAGUGAGCUGCAUCCCAGAGCUGAAAAAAAAAGAUCAAACACUAAUCCAUUUAUUUGGCCAGCCGUAGUAACACCAAAACAGGGAACUGUAGAUAUUUUUUAUGGGAUAAACCGUAACGCAGAUGCUGCCUAUGGCUUGAGUUCAGCCAGUACCUUUAACCUAGGCACACCUGUGCCUGAAUCUGGCCUAAACCCAAAGUCACAGACCAAUGCAAACUGGUAUCCAAAUGCAGACACAGAUACAGGUAACACAGAUUCCACUUCUUUCAUAAGGGGAACUUUUAGACGAUGUGCUAGUGUGCCCAGAGCAAGUGUAGAAGAGUCAGUCAAGUACAACAUAACUAACAGUUCUGGAAUUCAAAUUGGAUCCUACAAUCACAUGAAGAUUGAAGAGCACAAUCAAAACAUCAGCCCUUCUCCUGUUGCUACAGAAGAAGCUUAUAGGUAUUAUGAAGCAAUUGGUGUGUUUGAUGAUGAAAGUGCCCUGACUGAUGAACAUCUGAGUCUAGUGAGAGAGAAGUUGGCCAAACAGUGGAAGCACUGUGCUCGUAAACUGGGCUUAUCUGAUCCUGAGAUCGAUGAAAUUGAUCAUGACUAUGAGCGAGAUGGACUAAGAGAAAAAGUUCACCAAAUGCUGGAUAAGUGGGCAAUGAGGGAAGGUGUCAAAGGUGCUACAGUUGGAAAGCUCGCCAAAGCCCUUUUUGGCUGCCAAAGACUGGAUAUCCUUAAUAGUUUAAUGCAAAUCAAUGAGGAAUAA